ACCAGUACUCACCAUUCAAGCGAAAUACUGCGGAAAUAUGAGCAAGCUUUCGACGAAUCCGAGCUACAAUGCCGGCCUCUACGCAAGUAAUAACGCGUGGCAGCGACACAUGAAUCUUCUGGUUCUGGAAUUGCUCGAGAGGACCUUUGCUCCAAGUAACACGGAAUGCGAACAAUUUCUCGACCUCGGCUGCGGCACGGGUGAUUUCACUCGCAACGAACUUCUUGUACGCUGCCCGCCGUGCCGCAGAAUUGUCGCAGUAGAUGCAUCCGAAGAGAUGCUGGCCUACGCUCGGGAAAACUCUGCUCACAGCAAGAUCGUGUUCGCACACCUUAACAUCAACGAUGAUGUGGCUGAUUUCGCCGCUAAGUACGGAACUUUCAGUCGCAUCUACUCGUUCUUUUGCCUCAACUGGGUCAAAGACCAGGCGAAAGCGAUGAAGAAUUUGGCGAGCCUUCUCUCACCUUCGGGUGAAUGUCUUCUAAUAUUCCCUGCCUGGUCGUCUACGAGGAUGCUUUGGAGGAAAUUGGGACGUCUUGAGCGCUGGAGGAAGUAUGCAAAGGGUAUGCUGAUGCGGCCAGCAAGGGGCAACGUCGCAGCAGACCCCGGCAUCGGCUCGGUUCACAAAGAGUGUGGCUGCGGCGGUGCCACCCGCCUCCCCCUGCGACAGCAGCCAACGCUGCUGCACCGUCUCUGA